AUGCAUCUGCAGACUUACUCGACACUGAUCUCUCUGGCCGUCCGACCACUGUGUCAUUUGCGCACGUUGCCGACCACCAUCACAGUGAACACAAACUCUGUACAGCCCGAAGAGUCCCGUCAACUUUGGUCAACCCGAACGCACUAUUUAGCUGCGUUCGGUCAGCUGACUCGUGCGUUGACCGGUUUGUUAUGGCGCCAUGGCGAGAACUGCUUUCAAACAUACACCGAUUCACUUCCAUCUUAUUUUUUUCUCAUUUCCGGACUAUCUAAUUGGGUUCAACAAUCGAAAGCGGUGAAUCAAGGCAACCCUGAUAGGCGUUGCGACUGUGCCGAACAAGAUUCCAUACUUCGACCGGAACUCGUUGAAGAGCUUUAUGAUUUUGAUACAACUGCCGAGAACACAGCAAAGACAUGA